AUGGCCCUCCCCAACCAUCUCAACGUCGUGGUAAACGCCUACAAUCCGCCACAGACAGUCGAAUUGGCAGGUCGCGCCGGCGUAGCCAAAGCCAACAUGCGUCCCGACAAAGCUUUCAUCUCCGCCGUGCUAGCGGGCAUGCUACUAGGCUUUGCCUGUGCGGUAACCAUGAGCACCGAGACGGCUCCGUGGUAUCAGCACAAUGCCCCUGGCCUGAUCCGUAUGAUCGGAGCGAUUGUUUUCCCGUUCGGAUUGGUGAUGAUUGUGACUAGUGGGCUGGAAUUGGUUACGGCGAAUUUCAUGGUGAGUAGAGCACGAGAAAGAAGGAAGAGAAAUGCUGACAUAUGACGGGGAACCCCAGAUCACCAUCAUCCCCGUCCUGCAACGCCGCCUUUCCAUCCUCAAAAUGCUCAAACACUGGUUCAUAGUUUUCUGGGGCAACCUUGCCGGGUCCCUCUUCCUCGUCGCCAUCAUCACAGGUUACGGAGGCGUCUUCUCCAAGGAGCCUUACCGCGGCGAAGCCAUACGUUUUGCCCAGUCAAAAGCCGUAACGCCAGAAUGGCAUAUGAUUUUUCUGAGGGCCAUUGGGGCGAAUUGGUUGGUCUGUAUGUCAUGUUUCCUGGCUUUUCAGGCUCGAGAGUUCUUCAGUAAAGUGAUGGCGAUAUGGUGGCCGACCUUCGCGUUCGUGGCGUUGGGACUCGAUCAUACUGUUGCUAACAUGUACUUCAUUCCGACUGGUGAGUCUCUUGCGCUGCCCCAUGGGUGUGUGUUGAUGGAUGCUGACGUUUGAGGGGCAUAGCGAUCUUUGUGGGUGCCCCGGACAUUACGGUUGGAUACUAUAUCUGGAAGAGUCUGAUCCCUACGGUUCUCGGGAAUAUCGUUGGCGGAGGGUUGUUUGUUGGUGUGGUCCAAUGGUACUUGGUAAGCUCAUCUCUCGGAGAACAAGUUUUAUUCGUGAGCAAGUAUGCUAAUCAAUGGAUGAUCUCAAUAGCAUCAAUCCAGCGAGCCACCCGUGGCCAUCGAUGGUAAAUACUACGAUGGGGACCAGAGCCCGUUGAUCGGACAGACCACCUCACAAGCUCCUCAAAUUGGGAGGGAGCAGGAGCGCAAGAGCAGUGAGGCCAUGGUAUAG